UCGAUAACUUCAUCAGCCCCACCAUGGGUUAUAUAUAGGGAGCGAAGGGGGCCCCUGAUGGCCUCUGUCUAAUCUCAAUCAGAUUCAAACUGUACAAUCUUUUCAGUCCUUUCCAUUCCUUUCAUUACUUUGACAUUUUGAGGUUGAUCCUCCUACUGUCCUUUCCAAGUCCACUUCAAACCUACCUUUCGUUUGAAACAAUUUCAACACUCUCUAAACCACACCAUCCACAAUGAUGUUCUCCAACGCCAUCCUUUCCGCAAUCCUUGCCACCAGUGCCCUAGCACUCCCCCAAGUCUACCCAAGGGGCACCCCUACCUCCAGCGCCGCGACAAGCUCCAGUGCCUCCCCUAGCUCCAGCGCCAGCGCCAGCGCUGGCGGCGGCGGCGGCGUGCAAAUCGUGAACAACCUCGACAGCACCGUCUACGUCUGGUCUACGUCCGACGGAGGAAGCGAUCAGCAAACCGUGUCUGCCGGGGGCACAUACUCGGAGAAAUGGCAGAAACAAACCGGCGACGGCGGCAUCUCCAUCAAGAUGUCGACCUCCGAGGACAAGUCCAGCGUCCUCCAAUUCGAAUACAAAGUCGAUGGCGAGAAGCUGUACUGGGAUCUGUCGUCCAUCGACCUGGACAAGAACUCCGAGUUCAUCAAGUCCGGGUUCUCGGCUACCCCGGAUGACUCCAGCUGCAAGUCGGCUUCCUGCUCCGCUGGCGAUGCCAACUGUGCCGAGUCGUACCAGCACCCUGACGAUGUCAAUACCAACAGCUGCACAACCGGUGCGGGCAUUUCUGUCACUUUGGGUUAAAAUCAUUCCGUGACACGACGUCUGAUUUGGCUAUUGGACUGAAUUACUGAGGUCAUGUUAUGUUACUUUUUUACGAAGACAGGAGGAAUGAAUGUUAGACGGCAAGGCUGGCCUUGGUAAAUACCAUUUUGUUCUUAUAGAUUUUUCUUAUAGAUAUAGAGUAUAGAUUCAAAAUUUGAGUUUUGCUUUUCGAAAGAUUUAAGGUUUUGGUUUCGAACUCAACGGCCUGUAUUGCGACAAAUCUCUCCAGGUAUUUUCGGAGUUAUGCUAGUAGCCAUCAUUAUUUUCUAAGAAUUCACUUUGUAACUAAAGGAAAC